AUGGGCGAAAAUACAAAAAAUAAUAGUGGAAAUGAACCUUUUGAAAUAUUCUACAACCAAGGCACUUUUACAACUCCAUCAAAUGGUGCCAAUAAAAUUAUACCGAGCAAUGUUCAGCUAAGCCAGUGGAAUUAUAACACCAAUAGAAUGCAAUUAUCUGUUUCUAUUAAAAAAAGUUCUGAUUUAUUAUCUUCUCUUUUGCAAGAAAAUAAUUCAAAUCCAAUAAAUAUAGAUUUACCCGAUUUAAGCAUUCUAAAUGUUGAAAAUAAUUUAAAGUUAGGCAAUAACCAAAAAAAAUUGUCAAGUACCAAUGAUUUGAAACUUGACAAAAUCGCGUUAUCUAAAAUUUUUAAUGCUCAAAGUGAAAACUCCAAAAUCCAUUUAUCUAAGCUAAUGAAAAGAGUUCAGGAUAUUAAAAGCAAAGUAUUAAUUACUGGUGAUUUAAAUAGUGGGAAAUCUUCAUUAUGCAACGCUUUAUUGAAAAGGAACAUUUUACCCACCGAUCAAUUACCCUGUACUAAUGUUUUCAUUGAAGUUGUUGACUCAUUUUAUAAUAAUGGCCUAGAAGAAGUUCAUGCCGUGCCUAUCGAUGUUGCCGAAAAUGUUAGCGAUGCGGUUAAAAAAUACAACCGUUUGAAUGCAACUACUUUUAAAUUUUUUAAGAUAGAAGACUUGGAACGUUUAGUUUUUGAAAAUGAUAAAUGGUCUUUACUAACUGUUUAUAUCCACGAAAAUCCAGCCAGCGUUUCCACUUCAACAGCUGAUGAUAACAACUUAUUACAUAAUGGUAUAGUUGAUAUAUCCCUAAUUGAUUCUCCAGGCUUGAAUGUUGACAUGGUACAUACUUCAGAAGUUUUUAGUAAACAAGAAGAAAUAGAUUUGGUUAUAUUUGUCGUUAAUGCAGCUAAUCAAUUGACUUUAAGCGGCAAGGAUUUUGUUUCUUCGGCGUCUAGGGAAAAACAGUUUAUGUACUUUGUUGUAACUAAGUUUGGAGAUAUAAAAAACAAGGAGCGUUGUAAGCAACUAAUUCUAGACCAAAUCAAAACUUUAUCCCCGUUGACUUAUAAGGAACAUGAAAAAUUUGUACAUUUUAUAUCAAAUGCUGAUAAUGGCAACUCGCCGGACGAUAAUAGCAAUAAUACUGAUAACGGCGACGACACACCAAACUACGAUCAAUUGCGUGAAUCUUUACGAAAUUUUGUUUUGAAGAAAAGAUGUCUUUCUAAAUUGUUACCAGCCAAGACCUAUUUACUCAAGUUAUUAACCGAUUUGAAAAAAAUAUCGAAUCAUAACGUAUAUAAAAUUAACUUGGAAACCAUUAAUUUGAAAGAAAAAUUACAGGAAUUAGAACCCAAAGUACACGCUGCCCAAGAAGAGUCUGAAUUGUUAAAUCGCCAAAUAGAACUUCUCGUUGAAAAUACUGUCACUGAAAUAUAUGACGCAACUAGAGAUUCCAUUGCAACAAGUAUAGACCUUACCAAGUUCCCUAGAUAUGAAGGUUUAUCUGGCACUUAUGAUUAUGUUUUAUUGUGUAGAAAAGCUAUAAUGGAUAACAUUGUACAUUCUGUAGCAAAUAGCGAGGAAUAUGCUCGUAGUUUAACUGAAAAUGUAGUCACUAAAAUUUAUGACAUGGGCAAAGUGGAAAAAGAUAAGCGUCCAAUUUUUGCAAAGGAUCUGAUGUUCAAACAAAAAAAACACAUAUUAUCUAAGAAAUUCACUGUUAUUUUUCAUUUUGGAGAUAUGUUCCAACCUUCAUGGCUUGGUUUUUCUAAAUUUUUACAGUGGGGUGGUUCUAUUCAAAAUGAUGGUGAACUAGAAACCCAGUAUUUCACUAAUAAAAAUUUGAUGAGCUAUGUUAAAGAACCAUCCUUAAUUUUUACUUCAAAGAUACCUACUCUAUUCAUGUAUUCCUUUGGCGGUGCUAAAAUUUUAACUAAUAUUUUUAUGUAUGGUACCCAAAUUUUUUCUUUACAGGCAUUGAAAAAUAUCGGUGGAUCUUUAUUGAUUUUGGGUAGUUGUUUGAGUGCUGCUUAUUUGGUUCAUGACUUACCAAGAGCGUUACCGUUGAACUUAACCAAAAAAUACAAAAAAUUAUUAAAUGAAAUUGACUAUGCCCAUCAAAAUUCUAAUCGUAUUAGCAAAGUUUCUCGUCAAGUUUUGAAAACCCCCAGCAAAGAGGUUUGUAGGAUUUUGGAAGUCAAAUGUGAUGAUUUGGUGGAACAAAGAAAAGAUUUGGAAUCGAAAUUAAAUAAUAAUUUGAAUAGCUUUAAAUUCUUUCAAGAUUUUGCUGCAAAUACUAAGAAGAAUUUGGAAGAUGUUCAAAGCAUUGAUUUGGACAUUGAUUAG